GCCUAGAGGAAUCAUUUAGAGUGCCAUGCCUUUACAUAAUUGCCCAGAAGCAUUAAGGCUACAUCUCCCAUAAGGUCGGUUUCAUCCCUUCUUUGCUUUGAAUUAUGGUUAGCUUGAUCUGCCGCGCGGCCGUGUUCCUAAUUUGUUUUUACUUAAGCUUUUCAGAAUCCCUUUUCAACCUUCUUUCCCUUCUUUCUCAGCUCCCCGGAUUUUUACCUCAGUCGAGUUCUCAACCAUGACUCAAGUGAAGCAAACCAGGGUGACGAGGGGCUGGAGGGGCUGUCUCUUGUGCAGGCUUCGCCGCAAGCGCUGCAAACCCCCCUUAUCUGAUGGACCCUGUGUUGUUUGCGAGAAACUUCGACUUCACUGCCCGAAGGGCUACGGGCAGGAGAAGCCCCAUUGGCUUGAUGCUCGUGCAGAAGCAAAGGUCAUGAAGUUGAUUCGACCUUGGACUAUGGGGAGGUUCUAUCAGCGCAACGGGGUACAGUCGCCUCCCGACGUGCAUGAGCUCUUCUCGCAAAUAGAGCAUAAUUUUUUUCAUGAGGCGCAACCGGCGGAGCAAGUAGUAGUUUCUCAUCCAGCUAGCGACCACAUCUCCGGGCAGGGUUCAGGAAUUAACCUUCCCCCCCAACUCUCGCCCCUGCCAUUCCCCGAUAACCUCAUUCCCGGAGACGAUAGUUAUGGAACCGAUGGGCAGAGUGGGGUCACUGAUCUACAACAUUUUGAAUUAGGCGCGUUAGAUGUCGCGGGACCGCCUCGUUCUCAACAACGCUCUGGUUUGGAUGCGAAUGGGAAAUACCAUCUUCAUGGUGAGGCGCAUCGCUCAUGGGACGCGCCCGCGUCCUCUAGUCAGUAUCACCGCGCAGACUCCCUGCAGCCGCCAGCAGAACAAUAUAUUCGUCAGCGCUCCUCUGAAGCGGCGUCCGCUCUUGGUCGUAUCAGACCAACAGCACCGCAUCAUCCCAAUCAUCCCAUGUUGUAUGCCGACUCUCAUUCUCCACUUGCGCCAAGCAUACCCUUCUCCCAAUUCGCGCGCCCCGACACCCUCCGGGGGCGCCGCCAAGGAGACUGCAUACCCGGGGGACCUCCGGGUCCUACGCUCACCGUGUUCGAGACGUCAAAUGGUCCGCAGAUUAUGACGGGAUGGAAUCAGCCAUGUUCACCGACUACCUCGACCCUCACCCCUCAUCCCCACUCCUCCCUGUCUCGUUUCAUGUACGAGCACCCAAAUUGCCCCGCCCAUCCUUCGAAAUCUUACGAAGAGGGUCCACCUCGCCCAACUCAAGCUAACCAAAGCCGCCACCAGGAAAAACGAUAUUUCAUGGAGCAGAGUCAGCGUCGCCCUCUAUAAACGACGACUCCGAUGUCAUUGACAAACAUACGAAGAAGUACAGCGAUUUGUUGGCAUUCUUCAGGUUUGAUACUUUUAUUAUUGACUGCAUCAUAUAGGAGAAAUCUAUCAUGUCGUCCGUAUGGCCAUCUCCACUCCGUGCCCGGGGGAUUCGUUGCUAAAGAGGCUACGGUUUCUGAGCACUGGAAAAUCGGACUUAGUUGCACUCCUGAGAUCUGAUCGCACAUACUUCUUUCUUUGGACUUUGUUUGUUGGACGUUGCUGGCAUCAUGUGCAUUCAUAAUGUUUGUUCCAGUUUGCCUCUGACCUUUUCUUCUCCGGCGC